CGAAACUUAUACAUAUUAAACCGAACCGUAAGCCAAGCUAAAAUUGCCACUUCCUUCAGUCGAAAUUUAUACAUAUUAAACCGAAUCGAAUUGACGAUGAGCCAGUACCUGUUUAAGGUUAUCAUCGUGGGUGACACCGGCGUGGGCAAAUCCUCCCUGAUGAUGCGUUUCACGGAGAACAAAUUCCUCGAGAACUACGUGUGCACGGUGAGCAUGGAUAUCAGGGCGAGCUACGUGGAGCUGCUCGAGGGCAAGAUGAUGCUGGAGGUCUGGGACACCACCGGCGACGAGCGCUUGAAGUCGGCGAUGCCGUCCUUUUAUCAUGGUGCCCAUGGCGUACUGCUCGUUUACGACAUAACGUCGUCCAAAAGUUUCGAAAACAUCGGUGGCUGGCUGAAGGAGAUCAUGCGCAUGUGUCCGGAUAAGCUGAACGUCGUGCUGGUGGGGAACAAGUGUGAUGAUCCGGACCAUCGCCAGGUGGACCCUGAGCAGGCCUUCCAAUAUGCCCGUCGUCGGGGAUUCCACUCUGAUGUGGUUUCCGCCAAGAGUGGCGAGAAUGUAUAUAACUUAUUCCGUUCGUUGACAUUUGACAUGCACGAUCGUAUUGUGCGUCACGGGAGGUUCGAGGACAUUAGAGAGCUACCGGAUGAACCAAUUAAUCCAGCUGACACAGAUCGCCAGGGGGGCAAUGACCCCAAUACCUGCUGUUAAGCAGCGCGACUUCAUUUGACAUUUUUAUCGUUAAUACAUUUUUUAAUUUCUAUAACACAAUAGCACAACAAGCUCCGUAAACUUCUUGCCUGAUGAAAAAAUCAAAUAUUUGUAAUGUGAAACGGGAAGUUUGCGAACAAUUAACAUAAAUAAAAGUUUCCCAGUUUGAAUGCAGGUGGA